AAAAUUUGCGCGCGGUAGAAUUCAAAAUGGCGCUCAGUACAACGGAUUGACUUGUGUACAGAAAAUUGUGGGGAAAAACAAAUAUCUUCAUACAAGAAAAAGCCCAGAUUACUACAGCAGUACAGUUUCUUUCGUCAUGACUACAGGGGACCUGAAAAACAACCUUAGAAAGCUAGUUUCCGAAUUAAAACAAAUUCACUAUCCUCAAAGUGAGCUCGAUAUCAAAGGAGUAGCUCAAGGGAUUCCUAAGGCGUUUCUCCCCAUCGUUCAUCAUGUUUUCCUUGACUAUUCCAUCUCACUGGCUCAGCACUUUGCGUCUAAAGAAUACGAGUUGUAUGGGAAAACAGAUUUAAGAUUCAUGGAAGCUGUGUACAAAGUCCUUCGCGACGAGUUUGGUUACAAGCCUCAGCUAACCAGGGAACAGUUCCUAACAAUUGGAUUCGCAGAAAGAAAGAUUAUUGUCCUUUGUGAAAUGGUGAAACUUCUGAGAGAGAAACACGAUGAGCUUACAUCUAAAGGUGGCAAGUCGGAAAAGAAGAAAGCAAAGCAGACUUGGCCAAGUUCACAGCUGCGGGGUGAUGAUAAUGGCACUACUAAAGAAUGCUCGGACAAAGUAAUGUCAACACACUCUGAUCGUUUCCCCGGACCCCUUCCAAAGGACAUUGACAUGAAGAGUUUCCGCAGUAAUGAGGAAGCAAUGAAAGCUGGCUUGGGAUUAAAGGAGCCUCUUAUAACUCGUAUGUUUCUUGAUGGUGAACCCAGCAUAUGCACCGGUAGUCAUGUAAUGCCCUCAAACAGUGGUCCAUCAGGGAAAGCUGGCAGUUCUGUGAACGAUUUGGUUCCAUCAAAUUUAGUCAUUAAAAGCAGUGGUGACCAGAAGCUCUUAGGUAUAAAAUUCCCAGUUUCUCAGAACUCAGAAAUUCGGUCAAAUUUGUCUAGACAGUGUCAUGUCAAAACAGUCACUUGGGAAGAUCAAUUAAGUGAACCCCAGGUCAUACUAUCUGAACAGGGUGAAAAAGGUUCUGUUGCUCAUCCACUAUACAAUGGAGCAAUGAACCCCAUCUCAGUACCAGCAACAGUUCACUCAAUUCCUUUCGCAAAGACAUCACCAGCAUAUUUCCCCCUACAAUCAGAAAACAUGUCCAGUGCAGGAGUGAUACCAUAUGCUAUUCCUUCCCCAGUUUCCAUGACAGCAGUUCCUUUGCCAAGUGCCGAUCUGAUGCUUACACCUACUGCCAAGAAUACUCAUCAUCAAGCCAUUCCACUUUCCAUCUCUCACAACGAGAAUGAUUUGCAAGACACUUCAUUUUCAGAUGGUAAAUUUCCAUGUACAAGAGUUGUUAGACAUUCAAGUCUGAUUGAACCAUCAGAUGUCCUCGUGACUGAUUCAAGCUCAAGUGCAGAGGCUCAGGUUUAUGUUCUAAAACAGCAGGUUCAAGAGUUACAGGAGAAGUUUGACAGCAUGGUGUUGUUAAACAAUGAACUGUCAGCCAGGGUUGUGCUUCUGGAGAGCAAAAUGAAGUUGGUGGAAGAAGCAUCUGGGUAUAAAUCUUGUUGUAAUUGUGGAAGUCCUUUGCCCAGAGUGGACAAAAAGAAUGAAUCACAACCUGACAAAAUAGUUGUGUCUGGUUUUAAUGUACAGAGUGAAAAAAAUCCAGGCAAGGAAUCUUUUGAAAAUAGUCUGAAAUGCAUAUCAACUAAAAUUAAUGAAGAGACUGGCAAUGAUUAUGCUAAGGGUCCUAAAUCUGUGCUAAAGAACAAUUCAACCAGUAGAAAACUGUUCACAAAGACAGCAACCUCUCUUGGCAGUGAUCAGGCAGUUAAAGAUAUUUCAUCAUGUCAUGUCUCACCUCCUUAUUCAGAAAAGUCUGAUGGUGAUGAUGAUGAUAGUGACGGCACAGGGAAAAGUAAAAGUGCCUCAUCAAGUGAACAAGAUGCAAGUAUUGUCAUAAGCCCAUUUCCUUCAGUUUCAAAGCUUUCAAGAGUAUUUGCUAACUCUUCAACCAAAAAUGCUGUGGUGAAUGUGCACAAACGGCUUCAAGAGACCAGAGAGCUGCUUACAAGAACUAAUAGGGACUUUGCCACAAAAUUUAACCACUACCAAGUUGAAUAAUAAUGUCAUCUGUUUUAAAGGGUACAUUGAUAUGUGCUUGCUGCCAGGUUGCCUUGACUGUGGAACGUUUUGCAAAUUUGGAGAUUGAUGUUUCACCAUCUGAUCGGUAAACAAUUUCACUAAAUUAUUUUUUUGAGGGAAUCCUUGAGGACAAAAACUGCAUUUUUCCCAAGUCCACCUGUGCAUGAAUUUUAUAAGGCUCCUCAAAAGCUGGUCAAAGUUGUGAUUUGGCUCUAAAUCAAGGUAAUUUGAUGAAGGCUUUUUUCAUGGGUACAAAACAGUGCUAGUAAAAUGAAAAGAAACUGUUUCAAGCUCUGUAUUUAAUUUAAAUGUAACUUCUGAUUUGCUGAUUUGGUGAAUAAAACCUGCCUGCCCGGUGAUAUAACUGGUAACGGCUUGUAUACUGUAGAUAGAAUAUAUAAGUGAUUUAACCAGCAUUGAACCAUUGGAGAUUCUUGUCUGGUUAAAAGACAGGUAAAUUGGAUUCCAGGCCCAAUGUGAUUAGUCAUGCAGGGCUGUCAUUAGUCACCUGUCAUCUUGAUCUUCACAUCCAUAACAAACCUAUUACUUUGUGGGUGAAUUGUCAGCAUCAACAACAGGCAAGUUCACCCAUAACAUGCCACCAAGGGCCCACCAAGCAUACUCUACUGUAACAUGUCUUAUGUGUUACAGCUGUUAAUGUCAGCCCUGAUAGGCCCUGUGAAUUUAUAUGUACAUGAACAGUCAUACAGGUUAUACAAAUUUGUGUACAGGUGCAUCAGUGUUCCCUUGGAAUGAGUCUUCUUGGUGGACUCCUUCAGAAAAGGAGAGAACCUGCUAAGAGGUGAACUGGUAAGAGAACAAAUAAAUAAACUGAA